UGUCCAUUUGUUUUUGUUUAUGCGCAAACAACGUCUAACGAGUAAAAAAAAAAAUAAUACGAUCUGCAUUAAAUUCGUCCGGUUGCCGACAAUAAUAUUAUUAUUAGUUUGUCUUUUACGUAUUUUCCUCGAUUAUUUUUUCGACGACUCACCGUACGGAAGUAAUGAAGUUGUGUUUAUAGUCUCGACCAUGGCCAAUCUUGAAGAAGAUCUAUCGCGUAUGUCCAUAGGUGAUGAUUCGAGCAAUAAAUUUGGAAGGAAAGAUAAGUUCCCAAGGGAAGUGGAAAUCUACAGGCCUGGGAGUGGACCAUUAAGAAGAAGUGGUAAUUCUCGUCAAGAUGCUGAAGAUGAUGAUAAACGAUCUGGUUUUGAUCGUGAUCUUGAAUCAUCAAAAAAGAGUGAUUUUAUCCCUAAUAAACAUUUUGAAAAUCCAAGUAGGAAAAAAGAAAAUUUUCCAAGAGGUCAAAAAAUGAAUGGUGUUGCUGCGGAUAAUUACAGUACAUUCAAUUUAAAACGGAAACAGCAGAAGAAAACACAGCUAUUCUAUGAGCCACCAAAUGAAUGGAGUAGUGAUAAACGAUCAGAUCGACCAAGAGUAAAUUUUGUAAAUCCUAACGAUUCUAAAGGUGAUGAUGAGAAUUGGCGAGCACAUAAAACACCAAAUGUAGUGAAUGUUCCUAAAACGAUUAAAAAAGUUGAUGAAAAACCAGCUGUUUCAGAAAAAACCAUAACUCCAAUCGAUAUUAUACCUACCAUGGUUAUUAAUGCACGUGUUAAUACUGUACAAAAUAAUGCAGAUAAAACAUCUGGGUUUGGUAACAAGAAACGAGAAGAAAAGAAAGUAUCUAGUAAAUCAAUACCCAGCUCUCUUUUAAUGAAUUAUGAAAAAUUGCCUCCAAGAUUGCGAAAAAAGUUUUGCGAUGAUUAUCGUAUUUCUAUGGAAGAAGUAGAAACAUUGUUAACGAAUGGACUAUCAUCUCAAGAUGAACAUCAUAAAUCAAACAGUUCAUAUCAAUCUAGAAGUCAGACUUUACCUCUAAGAAGUGGCAAGAGUCGAUUCAAUGAAUCACAUAGACAUGAACAGGGAUUUUAUAGAACCAAUUCUAAUCAACCACCACCAAAGACUGAAAUGAGAAGACAGCAAUCCACAGUUAUCAAUAGUUCUACAGAAUCAAGUAGACGAGGUGUUGAUUUUGAUUUACCUACCAAAGUUUAUAACAGUCAUCAUGAAUUAAAAACUGUUGAUCAUAAUACUAGAGAUGACCCUGAAAAAAAUUGUUCUGUUAGUAUAAAGCAGUCUAUUGAAAGUGCAGUUUUACUCCCUAGUGGCACAAUUAAUUGGGCUGAAGAAGUGGAACGAGCUGAAAACAUGUCUAAAGUUGCUGAAGAUUCAAAGAAGGAAGUUCAGAGAUUAGAAAAUAUUGAAAAAACUUUAAAUUCUCCUAGAGAUAGAAAACAGAGGAAGGGCGUCAGUAAAGAUAGAAAUUGUAUGAAUACAUUACUUCAACGUGACCAACCAUCUAGCAGUACUCAUUCUAAUUGGCAUUCUCAAAGUAAUGAUAAUUCUGAAAGCUUAAAUAGUAAUGGUGGAAGUUGGAGAAAAGAAAAAUCUAAAUCAAAUAGAAAUUGUAGUACUGACCGAUCAAGGAAUCGUUCACAAAAUUGUAGAAACAGAAAUAACAGUGAAAAAUCAGUGCCACAUAAAUCUGAGAAUGUUGGUGGUAUUAUAAAACUACCACCUAAUGUGAAUGUCAAUGCUACUAAUGUCUCUGAUAAUAAGUCACUUAGUCUUAAUGGUUAUUUAAACAAAACUGUUACAACCACAGCCUCACCAUCUUCAUAUCCUGCAAAACAGUUAUUUAAUCCUAAUAACCCUAAUAAACCUAUAGUGAUAUCUCCUAAACAACAAAAUGCCAGAUCAGGUUAUCCACCAGCUAAUAUAGAACCACCUUAUGCUAAAGAACAUUUUUCAAUGAAUAUUAACACAACAAAUGCUCAACAAUAUUCAGGUGCUCAUUAUGGUAGUGCACCACCUGCUUGGUAUGAUCCAUACACAGAAAGUUACCGUUCCUCAAUUUAUCCAGUUUUAUUAUUGGAUAUAAAAAAAGCUGAUUCUAUUAUAGGAAAUUUAGUUUUUGAACCAAAUAUGCUUCAAAAUUGGCCAAUAAUUAAUUCAUGCAGGGAGUUUUUAAAAGAUUCAUUAAAAGAGCUUUUAAAAUCAGACAUGAAAUUUUGCCAAAAAGAAAAUAUCGAAACACACUUUUGGAAAAUACUUUACCACAAUAUUAUUGAACAUCUAAAAAAACUUAUAAAUGAAGAUCCACCGGAAUUAAUAAAAGACUAUACUGCAUUACUAAUGAAUUUAAUAGAAGAAGGUAUGAAGUACAUGAAUGACCUAUUAAAACUGUUGGAAAAACAUUAUAAUUUUAAUUUGGAUGAUUAUGUAUCUUUGACAUGCCUGUCUACAAAAAAACUUGGAAAUGUUGGUCUUGCUUUAAUUUCUUCUCAAAAAUUAUACAUAUCGUUAGGAGAUUUGGCAAGGUACAAAGAUAUUAUGAAUCAUAGUACUAAUUAUGUUAUUGCCAAACAAUGGUAUACUAAAGCCAAUCAAAUAAACCCUAAAAAUGGUCGGCCCUACAACCAGUUAGCGCUACUAGCUGUAUAUGAAAAACGAAAACUUGAUGCUGUUUAUUAUUACAUGAGAAGUUUGAUGGCUUCAAAUCCCUUUCAGUCAGCAAAAGAUAGCUUAUUAUCUUUGUUUGAAGAAUAUAGAAGAAAGUAUGAAAUGACUGAUAGAAAACGUCUAGAAGAUAGAGAAAGACGUGAACGUGAAAAAGCUAAAGAAAAAGAGAGCUCUAUGUCAUCUAAAGAAAAAUACAGUAAAAGAAGGAAAGAAAUAUGGAUACAUCCAGAUGGUAGUAAACGUUCUCAAAGAACAACAUCAUCCACUGAACCAACUCAAGACAUUGAUGAGGAGGAACUGUCAAAACUGUCUCAGUCAGAGGUUAAUAAAAGAUUUAUCGUUAGUUUUCUACAUGUUCAUGGAAAACUGUUUACUAAAGUUGGUAUGGAGACUUUUCAAGAUACUGCUUUACAAAUGUUAAGAGAAUUUCGUAAAUUAUUGUCAAAUACACCAAUACCAAUCAUAACAACAAGGUUUUUGCAGUAUUUGGCAUUGAACAUGUUUUCGAUUGAAUACAGCCGUCCAAAAGAAACACAUGUAGAACAAGGAUAUUGGUCAACAGUUCAUGAGUGUGCAUUGGCUAUGUCACUGCAAAUGUUUAGCUUGAUUGUUGACAGAUGCAAUCAACUUCUGAAAGAGAUCUUGAAUAAAGAUGAUGGGUCUACAGCUAAACAUUUGAUUGGUAGUGACAUAGACUUUCUAUUACCACCCAUAAAGGUUUGGUGUGAUUGGCUUUUAUGUAAUUCUAAAGUAUGGAAUCCACCUCCAUCGUGUUCAGAUUAUAAACUCUCUGGGACUGGAGACUGUUGGUGUCGAUUAGCUUCUUUGGUUAACAAUUUGGAAAAAUUCCAAGAGCACUUUAAAUUAGUUUUGAACGAACCUGAGGAAAGUGAUCCAAAUUUAAAACAACAACUUAAACUACCAGAGGAUUCAAUGUUUAGUGGGUUUACACCAAUAAUUGGUUAUGAGUUAAAACCUGUUUUUAUAACAACUACUUCAGAUAGAGAUCUGUCUGAGCUCACCCAUAGAGUAAAUUGUAUAUUGUUCUUUGGCACUGAAUUUUUGUGUGGUACUGAACCACCUGUAUUUAAACUACAUAAAACCGACACUGGAGCAAGUGAAUAUAUUUCAGUUGUUGAAACAGCUAGCCCCAAAGAUGAUAGUGAAGAUGAGGAAAUGUGUUUUGAAAGUUGGAUUGAUGAAGAAAAUGAUUUAAAAUCAAAACCAUCUGAAGAAAAAUCUUUUUCUGAAUUACAAGCUAAACCAAUCUCAAAUGAAAUACAGAAGCUUUUAUGUAGAAAAGAAGAAUUGGAACAAAAACAACGAAACGAAGAACUGAGACAAAAGCGUGUACAAGAAAUAUUGAAACAAGCAUCGUAUUGUGUUGAAAUUGAAAUCAAACCACAUUUUGUGGUUCCAGAUACCAACUGUUUUAUUGACUAUUUGCCGCAACUAGAAAAAUUAAUAUAUUCUUUAUCACACGCACAAGAACAUAAUUGCACUCUAAUGAUUCCUACUGUUGUACUAAUUGAAUUAGAGGGAUUAGCCAAAGGUGGAUGGGUCAGAGAUUCAGUGUGUGAUGCUGCUAAACAAGCAUUAAAAAUAUUAAAAAAUAUAGAUUCAGCUGCAGUUAAAUUUGUGACAACCAAAGGGUCAAGUUUUAAAUCUACUACAUGUUUUGAAGAAGAAAACAAUUUUGUAUGCUUUGUGGGAAAUAAUGAUGAUAAAAUAUUGGCAACUUGUUUAAGUCUAUGUAAAAACAAUUCUCAACAACUUGUAGAUAAUCCACCAGUAGAAGGAGAACCUAAAAAAAUAUUUAGAGAUGUUGUGCUACUGACAGAGGAUCGCAAUUUAAGAGUUAAAGCUCUCUCAUCAGAUAUGCCUGUAAGGGCAGUAAUGGAUUUCAUAAACUGGUUGAACUUCGUUAGUAGUUGAUCCAUUCGGUUGCAAUGGUAGGAAUGCUAUAUUGUUCCUAAUUACAAAGACUUCUAGUGACAUUUUUAAAUACCACUGUUUAUGGUACCUACUUAACCUUUGUGUCCUUCUAUUUCGGCACUUAUUUUAAAUGUUAACCAUUUAUAAAUACAUAAAACAAUACACAGUCUGACCAACGCUUUUAAUUUUUAAUUUU